CGUUCAGGGACCCAACCUCCCCUUGCUGUAUCGCAGGCCACGCUCGGUGCUGUCCCUCACGCCUGAGCGAACAUGGCCCGAACCAAUGCGAGUGGCAACAUUUAACCCCCAAACUACCGCCCACUUCUCUCCCCGCUAGACACUCUCCCCCCCCUCGGAUUGACCGCGACAGCUGGCAAUGUGUGGCCUGACCACUUGAAGUGCAAGCCGAAGGUAUGCCGCUGGCUCGCAGUCUGUCUGUCACCUCCCUGCCCGGCCUGGAGGAGUGGGAUGAGGACUUUGACUUGGAGGACGCCGUGCUCUUUGAAAUCGCCUGGGAGGUGGCCAACAAAGUUGGAGGCAUCUACACCGUCAUCCAGACCAAAGCCCGCCUGACCUCGGAGGAAUGGGGGGAGAACUACUUCCUGGUGGGCCCCUACGUGGAGAGCAACGUGCGCACUCAGGUGGAACUCAUCGAGCCCACCAACCCUGUGCUGAGGAGGACCAUCGACAAGAUGAACGCCAGCGGCUGUAAGGUCUACUUUGGUCGCUGGCUCAUCGAGGGCAGCCCUUACGUGAUCCUGAUCGAUGUGGGCUUCACCGCCUGGUCCCUGGACACGUGGAAGAGCGAGCUGUGGGACCUCUGCGCCGUGGGCGUGCCGUGGUUCGACCGCGAGGCCAACGACGCCGUGCUGUUCGGCUUCCUGACGGCCUGGCUUUUGGGAGAGUACGCGGCCCAGAGCGAUGGGACGCCGCACAUCGUGGCCCACUUCCACGAGUGGUUGGCCGGCCUGGGCCUGGUCUUGUGCCGACAAAGACAGUUGCCCAUAGCAACCGUUUUCACCACGCACGCCACACUCCUGGGACGCUACCUGUGUGCUGGGAAUGUCGACUUCUACAACAAACUGGCCAAGUUCAACGUGGACAAGGAGGCGGGCGACCGACAGAUCUACCACCGCUACUGUCUGGAGCGGGCGGCGGCGCACUGCGCACACGUCUUCACCACCGUGUCCCAGAUCACGGCCAUCGAGGCGGAGCACCUGCUCAAGAGGAAGCCAGACAUUGUCACUCCCAACGGGCUGAACGUCAAGAAGUUCUCAGCCGUGCACGAGUUCCAGAACCUCCACGCCCAAAGCAAGAAUCGGAUUCAGGAGUUUGUCAGGGGACAUUUUUACGGGCACCUGGACUUCGACCUGGACAAGUGCUUGUUCCUCUUCAUCGCCGGGAGGUACGAGUUCAUCAACAAAGGAGCGGACGUCUUCCUGGAGGCUCUAGCGAGACUCAACUAUCUGCUGAGAGUGAAUCACAGCGACGUGACGGUCAUCACCUUCUUCAUCAUGCCAGCUCGCACCAACAACUUCAACGUGGAGACGCUGAAAGGCCAAGCAGUCAGGAAGCAACUUUGGGACACUGCUCAAACCGUGAAGGAACGCUUCGGGAAGAAACUUUAUGAGUCGCUGCUCGUGGGCCAGCUGCCAGACGUGUCCAAGAUGCUGGACAAGGAGGACUUCACCAUCAUGAAGAGAGCCAUCUUUGCCACACAGAGACAAUGUCAGCCUCCCGUCUGCACUCACAACAUGCUGGAGGAUACCACUGACCCCAUCCUCAGCUGCGUGCGCCGUAUCGGCCUCUUCAACAGCUCUGCUGACCGCGUCAAGAUAAUUUUCCACCCUGAGUUCCUGUCCUCCACCUCGCCUCUCCUCCCCAUGGACUACGAGGAGUUUGUGCGAGGAUGUCACCUGGGCGUCUUCCCUUCCUACUACGAGCCCUGGGGCUACACGCCAGCGGAGUGCACGGUCAUGGGGAUUCCUUCCAUCUCCACCAACCUGUCGGGCUUCGGUUGCUUCAUGGAGGAACACAUCGCAGACCCCUCAGCCUACGGCAUCUACAUCCUGGACCGCCGUUAUCGCGGGGUGGACGAGUCGUGUAACCAGCUCACUUCCUUCCUGUUCCAGUUCUGCAAGCAGAGCCGGCGCCAGAGGAUCAUCCAGAGGAACCGCACCGAGCGCCUGAGUGACCUGCUGGACUGGAGAUACCUCGGCAGGUAUUACGUGUCUGCACGUCACAUGGCCCUGGCCAAGGCCUUCCCCGAGUCCUACAUGUACGAACCUCACGACCCCACCGCGACGUCCGGUUUCCGUUACCCCCGUCCGGCGUCCGUGCCGCCGUCCCCGGCCCUGUCGCGCCACUCGUCCCCGCACCACAGCGACGUGGAGGACAACGACGAAGACGAACGCUACGACGAGGAUCUGGAGGCGGAGAAGGACCGGAUGAACAUUCGCCAGCCCUACACGCUGCCGUUCAAAAACAAGGCGGCCGGCCUCUACAGGGCCAACGGCGAUGGCGACGGCGACGCCAAGGAGAAAAACUGACACGCCCACUCCACGCUAAGACUCGCUCGUACUCUCGUAGCGUUUAGUCGUCGUUAAUUACGUCAAAUAAGGUGAAUGUUCCCAGCCAGUGUGUAGCUCAGUUUUAAAAUCCACUUUUGAUAUCCUGUAUCGUCACACCAGCAGUGCAAUACCUUUGUUUUCCAGGCCACUGAUCCAAUAUUGAUAUCGCACAUCGUCGGAAAUCAGCAAAAAUGAUAUCGGCUUGCACCUGAAAUACGCGAUACGGGCAGUCAACAUCGAAAUGUCCUCCAAUAAACACACCAUUUCUUCUGUU